CGGCUGUGCGCACCAUGGUGUCCACGCACCUGCAGGCGCUGGGCUUUGCCACGCGCGAGCUCAACAGCGGCGCACAGCUGCUGGAGGAGGUGGCAGCGUGUGACGUCAGCCGCGCACCCAGCCUCGUAGUUGUGGAUGCCGAGAUGCCUGGCAUGGACGGGCUGACAGCGGUCAACAAGCUCAGCAGCUUGCCACAAGCAGAUGGCCUGCGCGUCUUGCUGCUAUGCCCCUAUGGCACCGCCAACCAGGUACGGGUCUCGGCGCCCAACAUCAGCAUGGCUGCGCUCACCAAGCCGCUGCGCCAGUCGCUCUUCACACGCGCUCUGCUCCUCGCCUUCCCUCCCCUCGCCACACCUCCAUCCCCAUCCCCCCGUGCUCAUCUGCACCAACCCACGCCUGCUUCCUACACCCCUACUGCUGUUGCUGCUGCUGGUGCUGGUAGUGCUGCUGCUGUCGCUCGCAGCCACGACCACUCCAGCCAGCACUGUGUCUCACCCCGGCCGUUCCCUGUGCCUGCUGCCUCUGCUUCUGCCCCCGCUGCUGCCAAUGCUGCGACCACUCCUGCUGCUGCUGCUGUGCCCAUGGCUGCCAGUAUACCUCGCAGCAGUGAUGGUGGUGGUAAGGGCUCGAAAACUGAUUGUGGUGGCGGUGAUGGGGUGGAUGGCAGGGCUGCUGUGUGUGGUGGUGGUGCUGUUGCUGCCGCAGCGGCAGCAGCUUGUGGCAGGGGCAGCAAUGUCAGCAGUGGUGGUGCUGUGAGUCCUCGAGGAGGAGCAGCAGGAGCAGGAGGAGGAGGAGCAGGAGGAGGAGGAGCCGGAGGAGCAGGAGGAGGAAGUGCACAAGGGCGGGGAGUCGGGGUACGGGCCGAGUCCGCAGUAAUGCCGAGAAGGAACAGCUGGCAGAAUCUAAUAUCAGUAGGGGUGGCGAAUGAGCGCACGACACCUGGCGGAUUCAUAGUGGGGUUGGCAGACAAGCAUCCUCUGAAGAUACUGCUUGUCGAGGACAACCUGGUGAACCAGCGCGUGGCGACGCGAAUGCUGAGCAACAUGGGGUACAGCGUGGACCUGGCGUCCAACGGGCUGGACGCCGUCAACGCGCUUGCGUGCAACACAUACGACCUUGUCUUCAUGGACAUACAGAUGCCGGUGAUGGACGGCAUAGAGGCGACGCAGCGCAUCCACCAGCUGGCGCAGCAGGAGGGGCGGGUGCGGCCGCGCAUAGUGGCCAUGACAGCCAACGUGCUGCACUCGGACCGCCAGCAGUGCCUCAGUGCCGGCAUGGACGGCUUCCUCUCCAAGCCCAUCCGCGUCGCCGACCUUGUUGCUGUGCUCGAACGCACACCCUCUGCCUCCGCUCCUCCUCCUCCUCCUCCUCCUCCUGCCGCUGCUGUUCCUGCUGCUGCUGCUUCUCCAACUGUUCCUGCUGCUGCCGCUGAUACGGCUUCUGCUGUUGGUGAUUCUGCUGUUGCUGCUACUGCUGGCACUGCUGGUGGAGUUGGUGACAACUCAGGGAGUGAAAGAUGGGUGAAGGGUGAUGCUUCCUCGUGCCCGGAUAGCAACCACUGGCCCACAACAAGUAACAGCACAGCACAACUACCAGAUGGCCUGACUAAGCGCGAUCAAUAAGCGGCCCUUGCAGGCAAGAGGGGGCUUUUGUAUAUUAGAGGUGUAGAUUUUGUUCGUUUAUAGGUGCAGCUUUUGUUUGGUUAAAGGAAGGGCCCAUUCGCUGUCAGCCAGGGGAUGCGCUCCUGAACUCAACGUAGCUUAGAUGCCCACAUGGAUGUUGGAUUAGAAAUGUCUAGGGCUUGGGUACGAAUUGGGCUCGCCUCACUCUCAACGAGCAUUGUCCGGCAUUCUCUUUCACCAUUUUCCAUACAUACUGUUGGAAAUAUCUCAAGGACUUAAGC